GUAGAUUCACGCUGUCAUACGCCCAUUUUGAUUAAUUUAAACAAAAUGUUGUCGUUUUGGAAUUCUGGACUGUUUUAACCCGACUACAGGACUGUCAUUUUGAGUGUUUUCUUCAAAAAUCAAAACGUUUAACUUUCUUACAAACUACUAAGAAUGAUUUCCCCACUAUCUUGACGAAAGGUGCUACAAUGUCGUUACUUGUGGCAAGUAUUGACUUCGGCACUACAUUUUCGGGAUGGGCGUACAGCUUCAAGCAUGAGUACCACAAUAACAAAGAUAAUAUACACACGAAGAACUGGCCCGCAAGCUCGCAUAUUUCACAGAAAGCACCGACGGUGGUGCUUAUUAAACCUGAUGGCAAGACGCUUCAAUCGUUUGGAUAUGAAGCAGAAUCCAAAUACGCUGAGCUGGCUGAAACAGGCGACCACAAGGAUUGGUACUACUUCAGACGGUUCAAGAUGCUUUUGUUCGAUGAAAAGGGGGUUCAAAGGAAUGUAACAAUCGAGGAAGUCGGCGGGAAAAAGCUCAAUGCUAUCGACGUAUUCUAUCAUGCCAUCAAGUAUAUCAAAGACGAUCUUGUUCAAACGAUUAAACAGCAACUUACCGGAGAAGAAUUUCAGGAGACUGACAUAGCUUGGGUUAUAACUGUACCAGCCAUUUGGAAUGAUGCCGCAAAACAGUUUAUGAGGACCGCUGCAGAAAAGGCUGGCAUUGGGAAAGGCAAACUUACACUAGCGUUAGAACCGGAAGCGGCAUCGCUAUAUUGUCGGCAUUUGCCUGUAAACAAAAAUGUUGGACACUCGGAUGCCAGUCUCUACAGUUUUCCUGAGGGCACAAAGUAUAUGGUUUUGGACGCAGGAGGGGGUACAGUUGACAUUACGGUGCACGAAAUAGUAAGCGAGAACACAGUCCGUGAAUUGCACAAGGCCAGUGGAGGUGCCUGGGGAGGAAUCAAAGUGGACGAGGAGUUUGAGAAACUUAUUGAUGAAUUGAUAGGGCCCGGUUCAGUGGAUGACUUGAAGAGAGAGAGUAUGGAGGAAUACCUCGACCUGACUCAAGAAUUCGAAAUUAAGAAAAGGGAAAUAGACCCUACCUCUGAGAAACAGGUGUCAAUACGAAUGCCUUCAUUAUUUCGUCAUUUUGCGAUGAUUAAGAAGAGAAAGACCUUGGCUGAAUUGGUUACAGAGAGUAAGUACAGCGGAAAAGUAGGCGUAACGCGGGACAAAUUCCGUCUUGAUAAAGAUAUAUCACUUUCGCUCUUCGGCAGCACAACGGAAAGCAUAAUUGACCAUAUACAGAACCUCUUAGAAAUUCCUAUUAUAUCAGAUUGCUCGGCUAUACUAAUGGUUGGUGGUUUUUCAGAAUCCCGUGUACUACAGCACCGAAUUAAAAAUGCCUUUUCACAAUUGCAUAUCAUAAUUCCUCAAGAUGCAGGAUUAGCAGUAAUGAAAGGGGCCGUUAGUUUUGGAUUCAAUCCCUUAUUUAUAGGAGAGAGAAUAGCCAAAUAUACAUACGGAAAACAAGACACACAUCUUCAAACUGAAAAAUGUUCACACGCACCUACUGAUCUACGUACACACUCAGAUGGUAUUAUGUGCAGGAAACUCUUUGAAGUACUUGUUGAAGAAGGAUCGUCGUUAAAAAUCGAUACAGUUGUUGAAACAAAACCUUCUGCACCAAUAAAACGAGGCCAAACCUCCAUAUCAAAAAAAAUAUAUGCAUCAACAAAUCCAAAUGCAAAGCUUGUUACAGAUCAGGGUUGCCGAAAAAUAGGAAAAAUGUCGUUCCCAGUAGAUCCGCAUUUGUUUGACAGGGGGCAUAUCUACACAACUUGUUACAAAUUUGGAGGCACCGAAAUUGAAGUCAGGGUUCGAAACGAUGUGACAGGCGAGCUCUACACUUCCACAGUAGACUUUCUUGGAUAAAAAUAUGUAAAGAAGAUGUGGGCGGUAUUGACUAUAAAAACGUUUCGUCCUAUGAGCAAGAGAAAAUUAUUUUCGGAAUUAAUAUUAAAAAUAAAAAAAUCAAAAAAAUCAUUGUUUAACUUAAACAUUCUUCAUCUUGAUUAACUGAAAUGCUGAUUGAAUGAUUUAUAUAGCAGUUGAAUGUCCAUAAGCGAAACAAGACAAUACAUCAAAUCAAAAACGAAGCAUAAACUUUAGCAAUUUGACGUCAUACAUAGUAAGCGAAGUAUAGAAAUAAACGUAACAUAUCUGAAAAUACACCGUACACAUUGUGUAAAAUCCAAUUUGCAGAUUAUGUAGAUAUACAAAGAAAGAAAAAGGGGUAACGAGAAUUUAAAGUAAAUGUGACAUGCAUUUUAAUUAAAAAAAAUCAUCCUACUGUCUGAAAAAAUCUACUUAACUCAUUAAUGCAGGCAUGUUAACAAUGCAUAAUAAUUAUGACAAUACAAUUUAUUAUUCUUUUAGACAUGUUAUAAAUGUGUUAUCAUCAUCAGUGAGUUACUUAGUAACCGCUGUUAUUAAAGAAGAUAAUUUCCCCCACACAAGUUAUGCAUGGUAAAUUACACAAAACUAACAUAAAUUUGAAGAAACUUUCACUGUUGUAUGAAUUUAACAAAGUAUAACCUGUAAUUAUUCAUGUGAUUGUAAAACCUAUUAAUAAACAGGUAAUGUAAGAUGAUGAUUUCAGUAAACUUUGGUUUAAACAGUAUUUAUUUAAAAAAAAGCAUUAUAAUAAUAUACAAUUUAUAGCAUACUCAAUAAUAAAUGGUUGACGGAGGUAAUAAAACAUGGAAGGUAGACAAAUGAAAAAUGCACAAAAUAAUUUCGACAGAAUUGAGAAGGAAGCUAUGGUAGCUUAUACUAAGCCCCCCUUCUGUCACUCUUUCAAGCUGCUUGUAAUGGUGUUAAUGUUGUAAUUAUUUGUUUAUUUAUGUAAUCGUUAUAAUUUGAUGGAUAAUUUGAAAGGUGAAUGUCAAAUAAAUAAAUUAGUAGGUGGUAAAAUGCGCUUGGAGUAUGAAAGAGAGUAAC